AAGCCCAAAUAGCAAAGCUCAUUCGUCUAGAUUCUCCUUAAUAGAUCCCAAUUCCGACAAUUCUCCUUUAGAUCAAACGACUUGCUGCUCUACUUUAACUCUUAUCGCAUCUCUUUCUCUCUUCAACUUAACAGGUAAAGAUGGCUAUAUAACCUCCCAGUUCUACAUGUGUAUCAAAUCUCUUGGUGCCACUUUCCUCUUUGCUAGUGCUGUGCCAAGCUGCGCUUGUUCUUGACUGUCUUCUCUUUCUUGGCAAGUUCAGUCUAAGGUUUCUGGCAAUAUGUCGGGAGUCGUGAAUAAGUUCUUUAUAACAUCUUUGGUUAUGUGGGCAGCUCCUGUUGCAAUCUUGUAUGCCUUCAACCACAACUUUGUUCCUGGUGUAACUGACAUGUCUCCUCAUUCUAUGACAUUACUGAGCGGAUUUGUUGCCGUCAUAUCAGUCAAUGUUGUUAUUGCAUUUUACAUAUGCUUGGCAAUGCGAGAACCCUCAGAUAAACAUGAACCUGAUCCUAAAUUCCUGGCAGAGGCCAAAGCUAGCGUAAAGCAGUUAGGGCAAAACCAAGAUGGUGGUUCAUCAGAAACCCGCUCUAAACAAGAGUGAACGAAAAGUAAAGAAGACGUGAAGUUUCUUGAAUGCAUUGGGCGUGCAUGCAGGUGCCAAAAUUUGAAAAGAAGACAACAAAAAAGUUGUGAAAUCACACGAUGAGUGCUUUAAGUUUCUUCGUGGUAUUGAAUUAUCGUUCUAAUUUUGAGGGAAAAGAGGGCAAAAUCAUUAUAAUUUUCGACUUGGUUGUAAUAUUUUAAAGCCUGCGAUCGUUGUGUGGAGGACUUUGUUUCCAGUUUAACUUGGUUAUAUUGGUUGGUGCAUGGUACGCCACACAUUUUGCUUAUAGUUUGGCGUGUACUUUCAUCUUCAUUCCACUUCUUGGUUCAUAUAUUUAUUUUGUAUCUGGCUCA